GUGGGAGUAUACACAAGAACAAGUUGGGAAAGUUCUUUGUUUAUUUGGGAAAGAAAAGCAAUCAUGUUGCGCCCUCUUAUAUUGUGUCUGGUUCUAUGCGUCAUCCUAGAGUUAGCGUUUGCUGAGGACAGCCUUAAUCGGGAGGAACGGGGUGCCCGGGGACGCCAACGAAAAAAACAAAAAAAAGAUCGGGCUGACCGGGGUGACCGAGACCGUAGUAGAAAAAGUGGUUGCAAAUAUGAGAAGCCAACUGUCAGUGCCGCGUCGUGGGGACCCUGCGUUGAUGGCAAGAAGUCAAGAAAUGCUACAUUGGUGAAAGCCAGGCGUGGCCGGACGUGUGAACCAUCCAAAAUAUUUGAAAAACCCUGCACAGCAUCGAGACAAAAAGUUGAAAAAUGCCGGUACAAAAAGAAGGACACAGCUUGGUCAACUUGCAUUAAUGGUAAAAAGACCAAGGUUCUUGCACUCCUUCCCACUUCUGGAACGAGUUGUAACGCGACUAAGACGAUUACUAAAGACUGUCGAGUAAGAGCUGGACGGCAAGGUCGGGAUUCAUCUGCAGUGGCCUUGACUGAAAAAGCUUGCAAGUACACAAAGGGUGACUGGUCUGAAUGUGUUGAUGGUAAGAGGACACGGACAAAUACGAGGAAGCCAACCAGUGAGGCAUCAUGUCCAGCUCAGCAAGUAAUCGAGAAAAACUGCAAAUCAAAAAAGCCGAAGAAAGCCAUCUGUAAAUACGAGCCUGAUGGUCAGGGUUGGGGCCCAUGUACGAGUGGACAGAAAGUUAGAACCUUGGUCUUAAAGCCUGGAAGUCCAACUGACUGUGCCGCUACCAAGGCACUCAGAAAGAGGUGCAAACUCAGAGAAUGCAAGUACCAGAAGGGCAGUAUUGGCGAGUGCAACCAGGAGACACAGAUGUUGAAUAGGACCGAUGUUUUAAAAAGCAAGGCCGAUGCUUCCUGCCCACCCACCAAACUGGUUGAGGUGCCUUGCAGCAGACCCAACUCUCGUCCCAAGAUGUGCGAGUAUGGACCGUGGGAGAAGUAUGGUCCCUGCUUGAACGGUGUCAAGAAGAAAAUUAGGGAAAUCACGCUCGGACAGGGGAACCAGCGAUGUGAGAAGAAGGCGGUGAAGAUAAUGGCGUGUGAGGACUCUGAGCAGGCGGGGGAUGGCAACUAGUAGAUGGUAAUAUAGGAGGGAGCCACUAUGCAAGGCUUGAAGGGAGGGAGUUAGUGGAUCAGUGACUGUUCAGGUGAAGUGGUGAAAGUCUAGUGGUUGGAGACAAGAGGUGAACAAUUUGUGUGGAGUGGCGUGAUUGAAUUUGUGGCGAAAUAUCAUGCCAUUUCAUAUAUUAGGCAUUUAGUUCCGAAUUUUAUCAUUUGAAGAUUUGUUUUGAAGAAGGGUUUUAGCGGAUGAACUUUUUCCUUCUUGACAUUUUAGUUUAAGAAAGACAAUUUCCAAUGUAAUGCCCACCUAGUUUUGCUUUAGUAUAAACUGGGUUCCUUAAAGGCUCAGUCACUCUGUAUGUUGACCCUCUCCAGUUAUAGAGCAAAAUUUCAAAUUUUUAGCCUGUUGACUGUGCCUUUAAUGGUAAAUUUUAGAUUUAGUUUUGAGACUAUACUUAUAAUUUUAUCGACAAUCUGACUCUUAAUAUUGAAAUUAUUCAUUUCUCUUCUUAGAUUUAUGGAGGAAUUAUCGAACGAUACAAUCACUUUUAUAUGGUUAGUGAUCUCAAAUUAUAGAAUCGAAUAUUCAAUACAAAUGUUCUUUUUCAUACAACGAAAAAUAUGGAUUCUUUUGUUUUGGUGAUUAAUGGGAUGUUAUGUUUAGCAGAGUUUUUUAAGUGGAGUUGUCGAAGCUGAAUCGAGACAAGUUUACAUUGCAGCAAAAUUGCUUCUACUUGAAACUGUUAAAUUGUUCUUCCCAAAAUUUGACACCAACUAAAUAUUGGGUUGAAAAAUUGAUAGCUUGACACCUUAACAUAAUAUGCCAUUCUUCUUGAGUCAUCAUCAUCAGUGUCUUAUUAUCAUAAAUGUAUACACCUGGAUUGCUAUAGGAAUUGUUUUAAAAAGUGUUUAAAAGUUGUCACAAAUAAUGUCAUGUAGCCAAAUUCCCUGUAGAAUUUGUUUAUAGAUUUUGUACACGGUGUGUGUAGUUACAAUGCUUCCUGCAGUCAGUGUCCAGUUAAGUAGAACAAUGGGGAAUGUGCGCUGAAUACAGACCUCCUGUGAUUGGUGCAAUUGUGCCAUGGUCUACUUAAUUUGGGACAGACUGGAGAAUUCACGCAUCAUCAUUAAUCUGCUCUGAAGGUCUGGUUAGUGUGUAAACAGAUACCAUGUCGACCCAGUCCUACCUGGGCCAACGUUCCAGGGGUCACAGAGAAGAGUUCCUUGACCUUGAUGACCUUCAGACCUUGGCAAACACGUUAUACCAUUAAUGUCCUUACAUUAAUCGACUUGACUUGGUUUUCGAACAACAAUGCUUUUAUGUAAACAUUAUCGUGCAGUAAAAUUGUUUGUCGCUUGGAAUCGUAAACGUGUAUGAAAAUAUAUGAUCAUGAAAUAGUUCUAAUUGUUUGAUAGCUGUCGGUAAUUAUGAUGUCUCUUUUGUAUAAACUUCAAGUGAUAUUUUGUCUUGCCAGUGACAAAGGGUUAACUGGAUUAUCUACAACGCCAAAUUUCCACUAAUACGAUAUCAGGAGGUCCGGGUCUUUACGCAAGGGAAAUUGUAAAUCUACUACUUUUGCUGAAACUACAAGGAAAUUAUUCUAAAUUUGAUGUUGAGGAACUUCUUGAUAGACCUGAAGUGAAUUUAGCGCUUCCGAAUUAUUAUAUGAUGAAAAAUAACUUAUCAGAUAUGGUGCUUCCAAUAAUAAUGAGAGUGCAAAUCUCUACAGCGUGUCCCAAAAACCCUUCUGGUGUAUUACUGGAAAUAUGGCUUCAUACUCGAUUUAUGAUAAAAUGUAUAAUGCUUGGUGCUUGGUGAGAGAAAAAAAUUGAUCAUAUGAAAUUUCACUACUCAAAAAAUCGAGUUAAGCUUGUGUUCAUGUGUGGGAUAAAGAAAAAGGAAUAUAGUCUUUAUGUUGAAAUUCUAGAAAAACACAAAGAUGAGUCCGAUUUCAUCUCUUGGCACUUUCAGGAUUCGAGUAAAGGACAUGAAAAGUGUUCACAAAAGUUGAGAUCAAUUUGUAAAAACCGGUUGACACUCAGAGUUAAGUUGAGCAAUGCCGGUACGGGUAUUUACAUCCAGAAUCAGGUAUUGGAGAAGAAUGAAAUCGGAAUCAUGUGUGUUUGAUAUUGUGUUAUUGCAGAAUGUUUUCUCUCAGUCUUUUUGUACCGCGUAUGAUCAUGCGUUAUAUCGUGUCUUCUUUAUUUCAAUACCGUGUGUUCUGCCCUCAUGGAUGGCGCAUCACGCAGGCUGACAUAAAUUUUAGACUCCGAGGCUUGUAUCCACGAUAUCGUUUUGCCGUUACUAUUUGCCAUUUUCACAGGCAUAUGUGGUCUGUCCGUGUAACUUACGUCAGAAUUAUACCUGUGAAAACCUCACAGUUUUCCACUCUGGUCGCUGUAGUGGAUACAGGCCUUUUGGGGUCGUUUCACCACAAUUUACCAUGAAGCUCUUUAAUGUUCUAAUGGUAUUUUGACUGUAAUAAACCAUUACGAAUGAUGCUUGGGUGAUCUGCUAUCCAUGACAUGAAAAGGUAGGACCUUGAAAAACCUGUAUGAAAGAAACUUAAGAUGGGAUAUAUUCACUUAGAGGGGAAAAGUAGGCAUCUCCUCGGUUCAGCUUACAAACUCCUAAGCCAUUGCAGCAUUUUUUGGAUGAAGAGAGAACUUAAGUAUUGGCCAACGAUGCCUACAAAGUACUAUCUUAGUCAAUAUUUUGUGUCUUUGAAACUGUACAAAUUAUGUGUAACUGUCAUUUAACCAUCAUAUUGUAGAAUUAUAGGUGUUGUACCUGUUGUACUUAAACGGAAAAUUAUGUGAAAAUUGAGUGGUUCAUCAUGUAUCUCCUUUGAAAUUGUUAUCUGUGAACUGUGGAAAAUAAGAUGUCUGGAAUGAGGGUCCGGGGCCGAGGCUGAAUUGAGGUUAAUUGCCCCUUACACUUCUUUGUCUGAAGGUGACUUGCCUGUGCUCUUGCUAGAUUCUUUGUACUGCAAAAUAUGUUUUACAAUUGAGGAACUUAGGGCUGGGGAUUCGUAAAUUUGAGCUAGCAAGGCAUUUUAAAGGUGACAUCUACAAUCAUACCUCGGAUCUAGAACUAGAAUCUCAUUUUAUUUCACAAUUGAAAAUCAUGUAUUCUUUCACUUUCAGAGGCUCAUUUUCAUAACUUGCAAAAGAUAGGUGAAAAUUCAAUUUUCUUUUGUUUGCAUAAGUUCUGUGAAAUUUUAAAAAAGGAAAUAAUUUGAAGGGGAUUUCAUCAUUUCACAACUCUUUGAAUUUGCCUCACAUUCGUCAAAUAUAUUUGAAUGCAUUCUUUUUCUUUGUCCAAAUUCAUUUAGAGAUAAGUGGCAGAAAUGAAUGUUAUCACUGCCUGUUACAUUCUUAUCGCAUUUUCUGAAGCUGCACCUCUGAAAUGCCACACUUUAGGAAACUUUCAUGUUUUUCUACUUGGCAAUAAAACAAUUUAUUACUCCAA